AUGUCUUACGAUGUUGUGACAGUGAACAUAGAAAGGGAAGAGGUUUGCCUGCCACAUCUUGACCCCCAUCUCCUUAGCACCACCACGGGAGGCUCAGAGGCCUCGUGGCGAGAUUGCCUGCUGCCCUUCGGACUGUUGUUGGGCAUCAUCGGGGUGGCAGCCACCAGUGUGGCAUGUGCCCGUGAUCCUCCGGGCUCUGUACUGGCUAUACUGGGGUUCACCUUGCUUGGGAUUGGGGCGCUGGGAGUGGCUACCAGCUGCUGGUGCCGGCGUUACAGGAGGCGGAAGAGAGAGUGGGACGGCAGCUGGUCCGUGCUGGUGGGGGAUACACAAGCAAAGAAAGCGGUCGUGUGA